CCCUAGCGCUCAUUUUAAAGUUUUGAUUUUGCGAUGGAGGGAUUCCUAUUCUCGGCGGAGGAAAGUGCUGCGUAAAUACAUAUAACACAAAAAGAAACCCGAAAAGAUGCGCUCCUGGGGAGACUGGGAGUGGUGCGGCAAGUUGGGCCAGGGCGGAUUCGGCGAGGUGGUCCACUGGCGCAACCGCCGCACAGGCCGUGAAAUCGCCACCAAGCACAUUAUAGAUCUGAAAUCCCUGACCGCCGAUCAGCAAGUGAAGCUCAGUGAGCGCUGGAACAAGGAAUUCGAGUGGGCCCGCCGGUUUCAGGACUUUCCGCACAUUGUGGCCGGCGUGAUUUUGGACCAGGAGGAUGCGGGCUACCUGGACUACCUGAAUGCCAGGCACAUGGCCAAGUUGCCGGUGAUUAUGCUGGAAUACUGCAAUGGCGGCGAUGUGCGGAGGCGUCUGCAGAGUCCCGAGAAUGUCAAUGGACUGGUGGAGUUCGAGGUGCGGCAGAUCCUAGGAGCUCUACGCAAAGCCCUUCACUUUCUGCACACCGAGUGCCGCAUUUGCCAUCGCGAUCUGAAGCCGGAUAAUAUAGUUAUCCAGCGGGGAGCCGAUGGCAAGAAGGUCUACAAGCUGACCGACUUUGGACUGGCUCGCCUGGCUCCGGAAAAGACCAUGGUGCAGAGCGUGGUGGGCACGCGGCACUACUUCGCCCCCGAGGUGGUGGAGUCGGGCAAGUACAACUCGGCCGUGGACUACUGGUCGCUGGGCAUCAUCGCCUACGAGCUGGCCACCGGCGAGCUGCCCUUUAUCCCCCACCAAACGCCCACAACCAUACUGAUCAACCUGCUGAACAAGCCCCUCGAAUGCAUUGCCAUCUCGGAGGAUCCGGAGAGCAAGGGACGGUUUGUUAACCAAUUCCAGCUGCCGCAGGAGCACCAUUUGUCGCGUCCCUUUGCCGAGGAGUUCACCAAGUGGCUGCGCCUCCCGCUGACCACCGACUACAGGCAGCGCGGUCAGCGCAUCGCAGCAGCUGAUGAAGUACAAUCAGUUUCACUCGUCUUCGCGGAGCUCGACAGGCUGCUCGCCAUGAAGGUGCUCACCAUUUUCGCUGUCAACUGCUCCAAGCGAUUGGAGUAUGUGGUUUCAGCGGAAAUGACCAUGCAGGAUCUGAUUCGGUUGAUUGUCGGGGACACGGGAAUGAAGGGCACCGAGCUGUAUUGCGUGCUGCCCACUUUGCAUCCCCACAAGCAGAUGAAGCCUCAGACGAAGCCCCUGGAUCUCUAUGUGGAGGAGUGGAGCGAUACGAGCAAGGACUCGCGCAAGUGGGCCAAGCGCAGCAAUCCGCCCGUCAUGCUGUACGUCUUUCAGGGCAAGGAGGAGUGCGACUACAGCGCACCCGAGCCCAGUCUCUCGGUUCUGGCCCGCAAGUUCAUGUCCAACAAGAUUGCCUCGGAGGAGAGGUGGCUGCUCAAGCGGGUGGCCAAGGACCUGCUGCACGUGCUCACCAAGGAGCAGGAGAACCACGAAAUGUUUCUGUCGGGUGUUAAUGAACAUGCGCUGUCUUUGGAGGACGAAAUGGUGGCCAAUCCGUUUAUAGACAAGAUAAACGAGGAGCUUCUAACCACCAAGUUUGCCCACGAUCAGUUGAUGAAGCUGCGAGCAUCAGCACAAGUGAUCGCAGACGACCCAGAGUGGCAGAAGCUCACGCAGAAAUAUGAAACCAUCAUAGAGCACACCAAAAAGAUAAAGGCUCACUUCGAAGCCAACUUGCGCGGGGCCCAGGGAAUGGUUAAGAGCACCAAUCAACUGCUAAAGGAUCUUGGCGAAAGAGAUUUAUUCGAUGCCACUCGAUUCUACAAGCAAUACCUGGGCAAUGGAGGCAUCAUUUCGCCGGUUGAGUUGAAGAAAGCUGCUACUGAGUUCGCCAAAACGCGUUCGCAGCUACAAACCAAGGGCGAGGUUAAGACGCUGUCCAAGGCCAUCGAUAAGCUGCACUUUUACUUCUUUAAGAGCAAGGAGCCCGUCCCGCUGCUCCUAAGCACAUUUAUCGACAUCAAGAGGGAGAUAUUCGAGAUGCAUUUGAAGAUGCUGAGCCCGAUUUCCGUCGCUCCACCUCCGAUGCUCCAGCUGAGCGAUGCGAUGGACCGCCUGACCAUGAGCUCUGGAAUAGCCAGCUCGGAUCCCUUUGACUCUCUAGGCACGAUCAGUGUCAUCGACGAGGCGGAAAGGAUCAACAGCAUGCUUCUUCGUGAAAUGGAAGUUGAUCCUGCUUAACCAUAGAAGCCACACAUAUCGUAUCACAAUGUGCCCAUUCGAAAUCAUAGAAAUAUUUCGAUUUUAUUUUUGUUAUCCCAAUACCCAAUUGGUAAUUUAUAUAGCUUUAAAGGUUUCACAGAAACUUUAGUGCCGGUUUCUCAUCUCAGAACGUUUUGUAUUUUGUUCAGUGAUAAUGCUUUUGUUUUCUGCGUGUUCGCAUUCAUAUUAAACAAGAAUAAAUGUUUGAAA